AUGCCCUUCCCGUCCAUACCAUCGCCUCCAUCUCUGUUCCCGACUUACCUAGUUCCGUCCCUCCCUUUCCGCCGGCGCAAAAGCAGCACCGACAGCAACGCUUCCACUUUAAGCAACGAUUCACUCGAAACAGGCUGUCCAACAUCCGAGUCCUACCUCUCCGGCCACGCAUCUCACCUCCGCUGCGCUCGCUGCCUCUCCGACCUCGCUCUCAGCACCCAGAUCAUCUCCAAAGGCUUUACAGGCCGCCAUGGAAGAGCCUACCUCGUAGCGCCUUCGACCUCAUCCAUCUCAGCGAAUCCUACAAGCCUCACAACGGCCAAAGCCAGAAACGACGCCCUUCCGAAUCUCCCAAACACCUACACGCACAAGCCCGUUCCGCGCCAGCUCGUCACAGGUGCCCACACAGUCGGCGACAUCUCCUGCGCGCAAUGCGGGAGCGUGUUGGGGUGGAAGUACGUCUCAGCCGAGGAAGAGAGCCAGAAAUAUAAAGUUGGAAAGUUCAUUCUCGAGACGAAGAGGGUUUGCCGAAGUAGUGUGUGGGAGCGAGAAGAUGAAGGAGAUGAGGAAGGGGCGCUGAUGCUGCAAAGGAGAGAGAGUGAGGAGAGGAAGAGGAGAAGGAGUUCAUGCAUUGUGCCGCCGAAUGAGGUGACGAUCAUGGAGGAGCUGGAGUUCGAUAGUGGGGAUGAGGACGAGUGUGAUGCUCUGUUCGCGGGAACAUGGACGCCGCAGGUGGCGAGGGAAUUAAGGGCGAGGAAGGUUGGGCGCAGCUAUGGUGGCGUGAUGGAGGGGUGA